CGUCUUCGCAACCACCCCUACCCUCUGCAAGGUAUAUGAGAUAGACCUGACCUAAUACAACUACAUCUGACCUAGGACAAUCGACGCUUCGAAUCAGUCAAUCAAUCAAUCAAUCAAUGAAAUAGCCUGCCUUGUCAGCUCGCCUAUUCCGGGAAUUCCCUUGGUUGACGUAUCGGAGAACGCUUAUUAGUCUACCCCGUAAAAGGGGACUAAAACCUCCUUUCACGAGACUUAUAAGACGUGAGGAUUGAUGGCCGAUUCUCUUUGACUACACCGCAAAAUGCUACUAUUGGUCCAUUUUAGCUCCGGGAACUCCGCAAAGGGGACCACAUGGCCGCUUCGAUCUGAGCAGCUACGAAGAUCACAUAUGAGUGGUAUCGACUCCGGCCGCAACUCGGGCGAGACCCUGCAUCACCCUAGCUAAGCGUCUUAUGUAUUAUUAAUUAACAAAGCCGCCGUCUAAGCCCAACAUAGACAGAGGCCGGGGCUCCCAACAAUAGAGAUCGCCAAGGAUAACUAGAUCCCCAUGUUCCUCUACUACCUCUACCUGUCAAGUAUGUAGUUGCCCAGUCGGGGACUAUGGAGUAUACCCCACAACCCCACGAGCUUCUCCAAUUCCCGGGGGCUAAUUAUUAUCCCUCUCCUUCUCAACUCACUUCCCAACGUUGCGUAGAAGGUUGCCGGCGGUAAUCAUGGAAUAUGCACCAGUCGCCAUGUCUUCUACGGCCGUCGAGACAGUUGAGCCCAAACCGAAGGCGGCGGCAAAGAUGCGAAAGCGAGCACCUAAAGCCUGUUUAUCAUGUAGGAGUCGUAAAGUGAGAUGUGACGUUUCACAGCGCGGGCGUCCGUGCAUGAACUGUUAUCUCGACAACGAAACUUGCGUCGUGACCGGGCGAGCGUCGAGAUUUAGAAGAGGCCAGAAAGGUGAAAAUGACAAUUCCCAAUCGUCAUAUCCCCCUUACCCGGCGGAGGAGUGUGCGCAUGGUCGGACCUCAGAGGAUGUGGUGAAUUCGCGAGCCAAUGGACAAUUACCUUCACUCGGAGUAGAUGGAGAGAACAUUGCUGCGCAACAAGAUGCACCCAAUUCGAUAAACCGUACUGAAAACCAGGCGACGCCGGACGUCGAAGCAGAAGGAUGGAUUAGCUCGGAAGCACCGCAACAAGCGACGCAGAGUGGAUUAAAUGAGCAACAUAGCAACAAAAUCCCAAGCCCUGUUCCUCUAAUCCAAGAAUCCACGGUUUUACCGUUGAAUACCUUCAACUCUUUUAUGACUCCGGAUAUACCCCUUUGGGUUGGAGAUCAGCGCAUCGCAGUCAACGCUGAUAUCACGUAUUCUUACUAUCCGUUCAUAAGCAUAGGGAACCUUCAUAAUAUCAUGCCUCAAGAUGUCAACUACCUAGAGUCGCAAGGUUGUCUUCGAGUUCCCACAAGAGCGAUUCUCGACGAGUUUGUUCAACAGUACUUCUUACACAUCCAUCCUAUAAUGCCGAUCCUCAACGAGGGGGACUUUUGGGACAUGUAUUGUAAUCAAACUUCCUCGGAGUCGGGCGACAAGAUAACACUCGUCUUUUUCCAAGCGCUCUUAUUCGCAUCUUGUAAUUUCGUUUCAAAAAGUAGUAUCAAAGCUCUUGGAUUUCCCAGCAUUCGCACCGCAAGAGCUACUUUCUAUAGGCGUACCAAGCUCUUAUUCGACUUUGACACCGAAACAUCGUUGGUUGAUCUGGCACAAACGGCCCUGCUUCUCUCCUUCUGGGCUACGAAUUGGUCCCUCGCUUCCAAGAAGCUGAACAGCACGUGGCUUGGCAUCGCCAUACAGAACGCGAAGAGUUCCGACGCCCACUUAUACGCAGUGAAGCCAAAUGUCUCUGCUUUAACCGACCCAGUGCAGCACAAGAAGCAGAACAUAUUGAAACGCCUAUGGUGGUGUUGCAUCAUCCGCGAUCGCAUAUUAGCCCUCGGUGUACGGAGGAGUCUACAAAUAUCCCGGGCGCAUUUCGAUAUCGAUGGCAACACCGGUCUCGGAUACAUCGACUUUGCCGACGAGGUUGACCGGUCUAAGGUCUACAAUCCGGAAACCAAGAGGUGCCUCGUCGAGAUAUUCGUCCAGCUUGGAGAGCUCUGUUCGGUCUUGACCGAUCUCGUAACUUUGGUGUUCCCUCUUGACGACGUACCUGGAUGGGAUAGAGAAUUAGGCGCAGAAGGGGCAGUCAAAUUGAAAGAGUGCAAAGCUGCGUUAAGACGAUGGUAUAAGAGCGCAACCCUCCGGUUCCCAAUGUUUGGUGGCGGGACUACACCAAGGAUGACGACUGCGAAUAACAAGCAUUACCAACAUGACUCUGUGAUCCUGUAUACAAAUUUGAUGUACAUGCAUUACCAUUCCGCCAGAGCAGCUCUCUGCCACCACGAAGUCUUGCAGUUAGCUGUAGCUUGCACUUCGCCCAACCUUAGCAAUAACCUCCGGGAGUUUUCGAAUAUUUACGAGAAUAGACACGAACUCCAAGAUGCAGCGUGUAGUGUGACGGAAUGUCUAAAGGAGCUUAUCCAAUUGCGCCUUGCCCGUUGGUUGCCAAUCAGCGCCGUCGCGUGUACCGCAUUACCUCUGGUCCUUCAUAUUAUCGACGUCAAACUAUCUUCACAAAAUAGGAAUAAGACCGGCAUAGCAGAUUCAGAUCCGCAGAUGGCUGCGAAGCAACAUCGUCUUAACAUUCUCAUCGAAGCAAUGAAGACAUAUCAACCUCAAUACGACGGCGUGGACUAUAUCAGCGAAACCAUCCGACAUAUUAUCAACUUAGCUCAAUUAGAUGCCCCUGCUAGUACCGGAUGGUGUUUCUCGGGCCUCUCUACAGAUGGCAAGCAACCAGCGCCAGCGGACUGGACUGAUAUACUGGCCUCCCAACCAGGCUACUAUCUACGAUUAGCCAUGACAAUGGAUUUAUGUUUUAGCAAGGGCCGGCUAGCAGAAGAAUCGGACUUCCCAGAAAACCUACGAGGGCUAUUUUCAGCAGAUUUUAGCUCGAUCAGGGCUCUCGUCGCAAGUGGGAGGUCAGUCUCUGGGGCGACGUCAGCGGCGCAGAACCAAGGGACGAACUAUUUCGCGCCGAACCCGGCUGUAAACUUAACGCCGGGCACGGUACACUCACUCUCGUCGGACGAGGAAUCUAAUUCGCCCAAUUCCCUCGAUGGCAAUGGUAACAACGCCUCCGACUCACAUCUCGACGGGCACCAUGCCGCACUAAACCCCGCUGACAUCGAUAUGUCCGGGGUGUUCGGCAAUACGCUAAACAUAGACCAUCUCGCUAGCGAAGUCCUUGCCGCGUACGGGCUAAACGCGGAGACAGGCGGUGGUCUAGGGGAAGACGAUUGGAUCGAGAGGGCGUGGAGCGAUGAGGAGAUGAAAGACGCAGGCACUGCGGCGCAAGGCCAAGAUCAUGGCGGUGCGGAUAAGGAAACGGCUCGAGUUCUGCUUGAUGCUCUACGGGAUGAUAGCAUAACCUGCGCUGUAUGAAAAUAUUCUUUCGGUUGGGUUUUAUGUCGGUUGCAUGCGUAGGCGUUACGGUCUGGAAAUCAGUUAGGACAAGACAAAUACUACUGGGCGUCGGAAUAUGGUAUAUAAAAGGUCUUACUUGGUGGCGUCCAGCCAUCCCGAGUGUAUUGCCCGGGUUCAUACGUUACUUACAUAGGUAUUUAGGUACAUUAUUUCUAGGUUUCAAUACCACGAUAUAUCUCAUUCG